AUGGUGGAUGUGGAGGUUUUGGAGGAGGUGGUGGUGUGGUGGAGGUGGUGGUGGGGUGGUGGUGGUGGAGGUGGUAGUGGUGGUAAUGGCAGCAUGGUGGUGGUGGUGGUGGUUGGUUGUGGAGAUGGUGGUGGAUGUGGAGGUUUUGGAGGAGGUGGUGGUAGUGGUGACGAUGGUGGAGGUGGAGGUGGAGGAGGUGGUGGCGGAGGUGGUGGAGGAGAUGGUGGUUGUUGUGGUGGUAGUGGUGGUGGCGGCGGUGGUUGUGGAGGCAGUGAAUGUGGUGGUGCAAGUGGUGGAGUUGGAUGUGGAAGUGGAGGUGGUGUCAUUGUUUAA